AUGUCUUCUCAUACUCGAGGGGACACACAACGGAGUGAAGGCGUAGCAAAGGAGAAACGAAAACCCGUCCGCCGCGAUCCGGAGAAGAGACGGCAACAGAAUAUCAAGGCCCAAAAGCGAUAUAGAGAAAAGCUUCGUGAGCGCCUCAGCUAUCUCAAGGCACUCGAAGCCUCACAGCAUGCCUCUUUCAAAGAAACACUAGCUGUGAGAACAGCUAUUCCUCAAGUGAAUAUAUCUGAAGAAACCUCAAUUGCACCGUUCUACAUCACAACAGAAAACCCAUCAAUUUAUGAGACUUCAGAUAUACAUGCCCCCAGUCAAUCCUCAGGGACCCAGGAUUUCCAAGAUAUUGUCCCACAUUUUGAGGAUACCUGGUCAGCAUUAAGCACAUGGGACCCCACAGCAACUAUACCACAGUUCGAUGGGACCUCUUCAGCGCCAGGCAUAUGGGACUGUACUACCCAGAUGUCACAAUCGGAAAAUAACACACCGCCAUCAUUAAGCCCAUGGGACACCACGACACUCUUUUUACGGUCAUCCAGAUCCCAAUCCACAACAGGCAUAUCAAAACCCACUACCGCAGCCCACGUUAACCCUUCAGUUUUGAUGUGCGAGAAACACAAUGACGGCUCAGACCCAUACUGGACAUCGAACAUAGACUGCGGCUGCCCAAGCCCACAUAUCCAAAUACGAACCCAAGGUCCGGAUCCAUAUACGCUGGGAGGUCUUCGACUUUUGAGUUUCACGCCGACGCAACGUAUAGCAGAUCCAUACGCCAAUGCUCUCCGCCUCGAAACGGUGUGCACCAUCGCAGCCUUGUUCAAUCUAGGGAUGUAUAUUGGCAUUACCGAGGAGAUGAUUUGUGCCGAAGAUUGUCGCUCGCCGUUUUAUCGUUCGGGUGCGACGUCUGAUCAUCUCAUUGAAGCAAACACGAUUGGCAGUGUGAAGAGUAUCUUCAAAGUGCUGAAGCCCGAUCUGAGGCCGAGCAGCGAGCAAAUUACCGUUGAGCAUCAUCCAUAUAUUGAUAUUCUUCCUUUUCCGACGCUGAGGAAAAACAUCAUCAGACACCAGCAUCUGGAUGAAUUCGAUGAGGAUCAGUUCUUCCUCGAUCUUCUGGCUGGCUUGGUAUGUUGGGGAGGUGCAGGUGUGGGGAAGAAGGAUCGUGAUCAGUCCACUGGGUUUGCAUCGACGGGUACACCGUGGGAUGUUCGCAGCUGGGAAGCUAAGGCGUGGUUUUUGAAGAAGUAUUGGACUCUACUAGGCGGAGAAGAUGGAGAGCUUGUCCGACAAAUCAUCGCGAACCAGGAUGAAACCCUGGGGGAAUCGAAAUGGUACUGGAAUUUCGACGGGACAGUCACUGGUGAGACCAAGUCCACAACGUCGUCAACGCACUCCGACAAAUUUGCAGUGUCCUGCAAUGAGUUAUGCGGCCUGCACAUCGAUGUGUAUAAGGACGAUAAAAUGUGGAAUCUCCAAUAUCUCCAGUCAAUAAGUGGCAACAUCAUCUACUUCAAAUUUGCGAUUGAUAUCUUCACCACACGCCCGACAGAACGCGACUCGGCGGCACCACUCAACACCCAGAUGAGCGAAACUCUUCGCGUCUCAGUGAAGUUGUCUGGAACUCUUCUCCUCUCUUGA